AUGCAGAAUAGAGACAUGAACAAUCUCUCAGCAAGAGUAGAUGCAGUUAAGGAAGAAAGCCUGAAGCUAAAAUCUGAAAAGCAAGUUCUUGGACAAUAUAUAGAAAACCUCAUGACUGUUUCUAGUAUUUUCCAAACAACCGACACAAAAAGCAAAAGAAAGUAA